AAUCCUUCGGGUCACUGCUUAUAGGUGGACCUGCCUGCCUUGGUCAACCCUGCCCUGGGUGAAGGGAGAUUCCACGCUCUGGUCUAUCCUUCCCAUAUUACACAGCCUGUAUCUUCGUCUGACUGACUACGGGAUAAUAUCACCACUCCCUUUUCCUGCACCUCUACUUACUGCAAAAUGGCGAGGGGUUUGAAGCCCCCAACUGUCUACAAUCACUGCUUCCUCUCUCUACUGAUACUAAAGAGCUGGUGGCUGCUAGGUUCCACCUCCCAGAAGCUCGCUGUGUUGGCAGACUCCCAGCAGGGCUCACAAGAGUACACCCAUUCAAUCCGCCUAGAUGGUGACAUCAUUCUGGGUGGCUUGUUCCCUGUGCAUGCCCGUGGUGAGAGGGGUGUGCCAUGUGGUGAGCUGAAGAAGGAGAAGGGCAUCCAUCGACUGGAGGCUAUGCUAUUUGCCAUUGACCUCAUCAACAAGGACCCAGACCUGCUGCCCAAUGUGACACUCGGAGCACGAAUCCUGGACACAUGUUCCCGUGACACCUAUGCCCUGGAGCAGUCACUUACUUUUGUUCAGGCACUCAUUGAGAGGGAUGGCUCUGAUGUUCGCUGUGCUAAUGGAGAACCGCCCAUCUUUGCCAAGCCAGAUAAAGUUGCGGGUGUCAUCGGGGCAUCGGCCAGCUCUGUAUCUAUCAUGGUGGCAAACAUCCUGCGACUGUUCAAAAUUCCUCAGAUCAGCUACGCCUCAACAGCUCCAGAGCUCAGUGACAAUACACGCUAUGACUUCUUCUCCCGUGUGGUUCCUCCAGACUCCUAUCAGGCUCAAGCCAUGCUAGACAUCGUGACAGCAAUGGGCUGGAACUAUGUGUCCACACUGGCCUCUGAGGGAAGUUAUGGCGAGAGCGGUGUUGAGGCUUUCAUCCAGAUCUCCAGAGAGUUGGGUGGGGUUUGCAUUGCUCAGUCUCUGAAGAUUCCUCGUGAGCCAAGACCUGGAGAGUUCGACAAGAUAAUCCUCCGUUUGGUGGAGACUCCUAAUGCCCGUGCUGUCAUCAUGUUUGCCAAUGAGGAUGACAUCAGGAGAAUCCUGGAUGCUGCAAAACGCAACAGUGUUACAGGUCACUUCUUGUGGGUGGGCUCUGACAGCUGGGGAUCCAAGAGCUCCCCAGUGGUCCAGCAGGAGCGGGUGGCUGAGGGAGCCAUCACCAUUCUUCCUAAGAGGGCAUCUGUGGAUGCAUUUGACCGUUACUUCAAGAGCCGCUCUUUGUCCAAUAACCGCAGGAACAUUUGGUUUGCUGAGUUCUGGGAGGAAAACUUUGGCUGCAAGCUGGGGAUGCAUGGCAAGAGACUCGGCAGCCCCAAGAAAUGUACAGGGUUGGAGAAAGUUGGCCGUGACUCCAUCUAUGAACAAGAGGGGAAGGUGCAGUUUGUGAUGGAUGCCGUUUACGCGAUGGCACACGCCCUGCACCGCAUGCACCGAGAGCUCUGCGCUGGAUACCCUGGCCUGUGCCCUCGCAUGAUGAACAUCGAUGGCAAGGAGCUGCUGGCCCACAUCCAUGCCGUCAAUUUCAAUGGAAGUGCGAGGACUCCGGUCAUCUUUAAUGAGAAUGGGGACGCUCCCGGACGCUAUGACAUCUUCCAGUAUCAGAUGAACAACAAGUCGGUGGCAGAGUACAAGGUCAUCGGGCACUGGGCCAAUCAGUUGCAUCUCAACAUGGAGGCCUUACAGUGGACAACAGGCGAUUCAUCCCUGCCAGCUUCAGUGUGCAGCAUGCCCUGUCGCACUGGCGAGAGGAAGAAAGUAGUAAAAGGCGUCCCGUGCUGCUGGCAUUGUGAGCAGUGUGAGGGAUACCACUUCCAAGCCAGCGAGUUCACCUGCGAGCUCUGCCCUUAUGAGAAGAGACCCAACCAAAACCGUUCUAGCUGCCAACCCAUCCCUAUCAUCAAGCUAGAGUGGCAUUCGCCCUGGGCACUGGUUCCUGUCUUCAUCUCUGUCUUGGGCAUUAUUGCUACAACCUUCGUCAUUGUAACAUUUAUUCGCUAUAAUGACACACCCAUUGUGCGUGCCUCAGGUCGGGAGAUGAGCUAUGUCCUGCUGACAGGUAUCUUCCUGUGUUAUGUCAUCACCUUCCCCAUGAUUGCUGCUCCUGAUAUUGGCAUCUGCUCCUUCCGCCGCGUUUUCCUGGGCCUUGGAAUGUGCUUCAGCUAUGCUGCACUGCUCACCAAGACUAACCGCAUCCACCGCAUCUUUGAACAGGGCAAGAAGGCAGUGACAGCACCGCGCUUCAUUUCACCAGCCUCCCAGCUGGUCAUUACCUUUUCGCUCAUCUCAAUUCAGCUGCUGGGUAUUCUCGUGUGGUUUGCUACUGACCCACCACACACCUUUGUGGACUAUGGGGAGCAGCGCACGCAGAAUCCUGAGAAUGCAAGAGGCAUCCUAAAGUGUGACAUUUCUGACCUAUCACUUAUCUGCUCCUUAGGAUAUAGCAUCCUCUUGAUGGUCACAUGUACUGUUUAUGCCAUCAAGACUCGCAGUGUGCCAGAGACCUUUAAUGAAGCCAAACCCAUUGGAUUUACUAUGUACACCACGUGUAUCAUCUGGCUCGCCUUCAUCCCCAUUUUCUUUGGCACAGCACAGUCAGCAGAGCGGAUGUACAUCCAGACGGCCACAUUGACGUCUCCCUAAGCCUCAGCGCUUCUGUCUCUCUAGGCAUGCUCUACAUGCCAAAGGUAUACAUCAUCAUCUUCCACCCCGAGCGGAACGUCCCCAAACGUAAACGCAGCUUCAAGGCCAUCGUCACUGCUGCCACAUGACCAGCAAACUGUCACACCUGGCGGCCGAGCGGGCCCAAUGGUGAAGUGAAGACUGAGCUUUGUGAGGGUAUGGAGACUAGUGUGCCACCUCCAAAAACCACCUAUGUGAGCUACACCAACCAUGCCAUGUGAAGAAACUGCAACUUUGGCAGAGUGACAUUCUGGGAUAUUUGUCAUGCAUAUUUCCAUCACACCUGGGGAAAAGGACACCAUAGGCUGUGACACAAAUAAGGUAUUCUGAACAAUUUCAAGGAUCAGAGGACAUCUGUGGGGUUUGUUUGUUUGUUUUUUUAUUUAUUCUCUUUACAGACAGCAGGGAACAGGCUUCAGUGGAACUAAAAAUCUGUCAUAAUCAGAACUAAAAUCCAUGUGAAACACAAUAAGGAAGCAAGAGGAUGGUAACUUGAUAGUCAAAUAAAAGUCUUAUUUAAAUAAACUUUUUAAAAACCUUUGAAAUAUAUUGUAGGAACCAUCCAUGUUUGUUGCUAUUCUAAUUGUAUAUGUUUUUUUAAAAAAAAAUUG